AGAAGUUGGCGUCAAUGGCCCAGUGAGUAGUCAGUUCUACACGUGAUCACAUGUCGGUCACAACAUAGGUAUCUAGUGUUAGAUUCAGGGUUGAGGGAGUUUUAGCACUUCUUCUUCCUGUUCUUAACUCAAUGGCAAAGAAACCACUGAAAUACUAUGUGGUAGACGCGUUCACUGAUUCAGCAUUCAAAGGGAACCCUGCAGCAGUGUGCUUGUUAGAAGAAGACAAGGACGAUGCGUGGUUGCAAGCUUUAGCUGCAGAGUUCAACAUCACUGCCACUUGUUACUUGACUCGCAUUCAUUACUCGCUCAAUGGAGCUUCUAUUAAUCCAUGUUUUCGUCUCAGAUGGUUUUCUCCACUUACUGAGGCUAAACUUUGUGGCCAUGCCACAUUAGCGGCUGCACACGCACUCUUUUCAUCUGGUUUGGUGGAUACAAGUAAUAUUGAAUUUGUGACCCUGUCUGGGCUAUUAACUGCAAAAAAGAUCUCAAACUUGGAAAAGGGUGAAGCUCAUAUUGAAUUGGAUUUUCCUGCUGACCCUAUUGAAGAAUUAAACUUUGAUGGGACUGAACAAAUUUCAGUGGCACUCAAGGGUGCUUCUAUUGUUGAUAUAAAGAGGACACAUAAUGUGGAUGACUUACUUGUUGAAGUCACAUCAGCAAACAAUAUAAUCGAAGUAGAGCCACAAUAUGAUGAAAUAGUUAAAUGUCCUGGAAGAGGGAUAAUUGUUUCAGGAAUUGCUCCUCCAAAGUCAGGAUUUGACUUCUACACUCGAUUCUUCGUCCCAAAAUAUGGAGUCAAUGAGGAUCCUGUUUGUGGGAGUGCACAUUGUGCCUUGGCAUCCUACUGGAGCAAGAAGCUGGGGAAGUGUGAUUUUAAAGCUUAUCAGGCAUCGCCCAGAGGGGGAAUUCUCAAUAUUCAUCUUGAUGAGGAGAACCAAAGAGUGUUCUUGCGUGGUACGGCAGUUACGGUGAUGGAAGGGUGUGUCCUGGUCUAGGCCGAUUCCUAAAAUUACAAGAUAUAUAGUUUCUCCAACAUCUGAUGAUAAGAAUUGUAGUUUGAGUACUGAGAUGUUAUUACUUAAUCACAUUAAAAAAGAAAAACCUCUCAGCAUUCUGUAUUUGAUGCACACAAACUAUAGGAGUUCUAACUUAAGAUUGAAUCAAUCCUGGGUGUGCAGUGUAAUAAUAUUUGUUAAGUUGAAUAAAUUGGUCUAGUCAUUGGUUUUUUUA